CUGCCCGAGCAUAAAGCUUGUAUAACACGAUUACACAAACAGUAGUGUUAUUCGGUAAGCAUCACUUCGAAACUCGAUAGCUGAAUCCGGAGUGAAAUUAUAUCAUGGCAUUCUGUAAAACUCGAUUGCGACUGCAGCGCCACAACGAUGAGUACGGUGGCGGGAUUAAACAUUCAAAAGUGAUAUUUUGACGUUUGGUGCAGUGUAUUGACAUUCUGUAAGGGAAUUUCCCACUCACUUCGAUACUCACUUCACCCAAGACACACGAUUCCAUUUGUCAAAUAUAAAGUUCCUACGGAGUGAUCGAGAUUUUAUAAAAAUAUUAUAAAUUGUAUUUAAACAUAAGUUUUUUGGUUGCCUAAUACAUUAAAAUGGCUAGAUUAUUUGUGUUAUUGAGUUUAUUAGAAGAAGCGAACUCUUUAGAUUUAUAUAACAGCCGACGUCAAGCUCAACAAAUUCGUGCAAUGCGAUUGUUUAAUAGAAAUAAGGAUUAUGUGAAUGUGUACAGACUUUCAGAGGAAUUAAUAAAUCAAUUAGAAGAAGAUAUUAAGUUUUUCAUUAGGAAACCACAACGUCGCCACCGAGGGUUAUCCGUUAGAAUCAAGUUAUUGUGCACAUUGUCGUUCUUGGCGAGUGGCAGUUAUCAAAGGAUAAUAGGGCAAAAUAUAAAUACUUUUUUGUCCCAACCGUCUGCAUCUCGCUGCAUUUGCGAGGUAGUGGAGACAUUAAAUCAUCCAACUAUUAUAAGCAAAUAUAUAAAAUUCCCACAGAAUGCAGAGGAGAGGCUGGCAUUAAAAGAACGAUUUUAUAAAAAGUUCAAGAUUCCUGGAGUAAUCGGGUGUGUGGAUGGGACUUUUGUGACAAUAGUUAGACCCACAGAAAAUGAAGAGCGCUAUUAUUGUCGUAAAGGCAAUCAUGCUAGGAAUGUUCAAUUGUACACAGAUGCGGAUCUCAAUAUAAUACAUGUAGAUGCUACUUAUGGUGGCGCCACACACGACAGUUUUAUCUUUAAUAAUAGUGAUAUAAAAAACCAUUUAGAAGAAUUGGUAGGUGCUGGUGAAACUGUAUAUUUACUUGGAGAUUCAGGAUAUGCUCAGCGGUCUUAUUUGAUGACUCCUAUUCCUAACGCUGUUGAGGGUACACCUGAAGAAUAUUACAAUAAACUACACGCAACAGCACGUAACACAGUUGAACGAACUAUUGGUAGACUUAAGGGACGUUUUAGAUGUUUACUUGUGCACCGCGUUCUACAUUACCAUCCUGAUACAGCCGGAAAAAUAGUGAUAGCAUGUUGUGUCCUGCACAACAUUUGCAAUAGAGCUGGUUUACCUGCACCGACUCUAGAUAGUCAUGAUGAGGAGGAAGAAGCAAAUUUUCGUGCAAUUGCACGCGUCUCAGCGGGUCGUCAGUUGCCAUUGACCCACUCUCAGAGCGAGUUGGCAAUGGGUCAAUCAAGCAGAGAUAUGCUAGUUAAUCAGUUAUGGCGUUCUCGUAGGGAGUAAAUACAUAUAUUUACUAUAACAAACAUUUUGUCACAAAACAAUAAAAAUAAAAGACCUUGUUUUUCUCAACA